AUGGAAGAAUUGAAGAAAGAAGGGGGUUCUCUGUCUCUCCCUCUCUCUCUCUCCGGGCUUUCCCCCCUCUCGCUCUUUCUUUCUUUCUCUCUCAGUCUCUAUACAUACAGUCUUUGCCAUUUAUCUCUCGACGAAGCGGUUAUUUUCCUCUCCUCGCUGGAUGGGAUUGACGGUUUUAGGGACGUUGCUGGUGUUUUCUAUAUAGACACCAUCGUUGAGAAGGAAAGAGGGGUGUUGUGGCAGAUGGAUAUGGAAGGAGUGCGCCUGUACACAGAGCACGGACUCUUCUCUCGUUCGGCUCCCAUGCUUAAGGCACACAAGGACAGACACGCCGCUACUGCUACUACUGUUUCCCGUGCCUCUUGUUUCAAUGCUUGGAAGAUUCCGUAUAUUCAUCCAGUCUACCUAUUACUAGCCUAUCUCUAA